AUGGAAUUGACAAAGGAUUUCCUUGCACAUGCCCAUGAGCACAUCACUGUGUCACUACGAUCGGUGGAUCCUUUGGUACUGACCUCAGCAACCAUGGUGUCUACGUUCACAUUAGUGCAUUUGUGGAAUAUGCACAGAGAUGACAUAGGAAUCAGACGAAGGUUACUUACGAGAUUCUUCUCAGUCGUGAAGAGAAUUCCAUGGCCAAUUUUGAGAUGCUUUGGUUCCAUCUUUUCGAAGUGGAAGCCGUACGAAAACUCCAAGUGGUAUGAAACAUUUUCAUCGUUUUCAGAAGGUCCACGAUAUCUCGAAGGAAAAGUGUCUGGCGCUGUUUUCAAUGACGAAAAAGAUAUGGAGGAAAUGCGAGUUUACGGAGAGGUGUUCAAAAAUUUCGCAUGGUCUAACCCGCUGUGGCCAAAACUUUUCCCCGGUGUAAGAAAAAUGGAAGCAGAAGUGGUGCGAAUGUGUUGUACGUUGAUGCAUGCCGAAGCGGAAGGUUGCGGAACGAUGUCAACCGGUGGAACAAUAUCAAUACUUCUCGCUUGUUUAGCACAUCGAAAUCGGGCUCUCAAGAAGGGAAUCCUAUUCCCAGAAAUGGUGAUUCCGACAUCGGCUCACGCAGCUUUCACCAAAGCCGCUGAAGUCUUCAGAAUACGUGCUGUUCGUGUUCCAGUAGAUCCACUCACAUUCAAGGUGGAUCUCAGAAAAAUGAAGAAUGCCAUCACAAGUAGAACAUGUAUGCUCGUUGGUUCAGCACCAAACUUCCCAUUCGGUACCGUUGAUGAUAUUGUUGGCAUUGGACUACUUGGUCUGAAGUACGACAUUCCGGUUCACGUCGAUGCCUGUCUGGGUGGAUUCAUCCUGCCCUUUAUGGACGAUACCUAUCCGUUUGAUUUCCGUGUUCCAGGGGUGUGCUCAAUUUCUGCCGACACUCACAAAUACGGUCUUUCGCCAAAAGGUUCAUCUGUGGUUAUUUAUAAGAACAAGGAGUACUUACACAACCAAUACUUUUGUGAUGCCGAUUGGCAAGGAGGAAUCUAUGCGUCGUCUACUUUGGAAGGUAGCCGAUCUGGGCUCAAUAUUGCUCUAUGCUGGGCAUCAUUAUUAUACCAAGGAUUCAAUAAGUACAAGCAAAAUGCAUUGGCAGUAGCAGCCGCCACAAAGAAGAUACGUGACGGGAUCAGUUCCAUCCCCGAAUUGCGCCUUCAAGGCUCUUCGGAUGUUUGUAUUGUCAGUUGGACUAGUGAUAUAAUUGAUAUCCAUCGUCUCUACGACCUCAUUGGUAAGAAAGGCUGGCAACUGACAAAUUUGCAGUUCCCAUCUGGAAUUCACAUUAUGGUCACUCUCAAUCAUACGGCUGACGGCGUGGCAGACGCGCUCAUAGCCGAUAUACGUGGUGCUGUGGACGAGAUCAAAUCGAGUCCGAACAGAGAAUUGGAGGAAGCAGCGUUGUACGGUAUGGCCCAGAAGAUUCCAGAUCGUUCAGUUGUACAAGAGUUCGCAUAUGCUUACUUGGAUGCUUGUUAUUCCGCACCAAAAUCCUAA